UUACCUGAGCUUAGUUAUGACAGUACGUAGGCUGUCGACCUUGACAUACCUGUGUAAAAAAAGUAUGUUAUUGUGAACAUUAUUGGAAAUAGGCAGUGUAACGAUGUUGAGUCCAUUAUAUUCAAUCAGAUUACCCAAUACCACAGAUGGAGUUACACACGCGAACGGACGGACGUCUGUGACACGAUGCUAAACAUGAUAUGUACCUGCCAUUACGGUUUCACCUUCGUCAUGGUGUGUUACCUGACAAAUGAUAUACCUGAAGCCACGUGAUGUGCCACAAGUUUACGUUUAAACCAGACUGGAGGAUAGAGGCACAAAUUCGACACAAGACGCCCAAUUAGUGUGAAAUGACCCAAACUGACCAGUGCGCUUUACACCAUUAGCAGUAGUAGGACAGGAGGUCACGCCUAUAGUAGUCAUGUAUUGGUUGUAUGGGUUUGUUUACAUUUGGACAGGUCUUCUUGUGUGCUUCGCCAGUAACCAGUGUCUACCAAUGGACGGCCACUGUAGAGAUAGAACUAUCUCUUCCAAUGGUACACUCAACUUUGCGGUGAUCGCAAAUAUGCACGAGACUUUAUCGGGGAAGUAUUGCGGAGGUAUAUCUACCCAAGGAUUCCAAACCGCUAUUGCGAUAGAAUGGAUUACCAAUAUCCUGAGCAGUUAUAUACCAGGGAUAACACUGGGUUUCAAUAUAUACGAUGACUGUGGACUGCCAUCUUUGGCAACCGACGCCAUCAUCGAUAUUCUUCCUGAAGGGAAACCAGCUGAUCUUGUGGCUUGUGACAUCACGUCAAACAAUUCAACUUUCACAGGAAUCAUCGCCAUGACGACUGUUGAAACUACAAUGGUUUUAUCGGAUAUUGUAGAACCAGACACUCCGUUUAUUAGCGGGAUUGCACGUUCUCCUUCCUUGGAAUUGAAAGACAAUAUCUUGUUUACUGUACCGUCCAUAAAAGAAGAAGUUAAGGCAGCUUAUCAACUGAUGCAUACACUGAAGUGGUAUUAUGUCAUCAUCGUUCACACAGAUGAAGAAAUUGGAAAACUGUAUCUGGAAGAAUUUGAAUUACAACGGAAAGAAACAAAAGUGUGUAUAGGAGGAAUUAAAGAAAUCACGAUAAAGUACGCAUGGGAUGUGGAUGUCGUAAAAUCAGACGUCAAAAAAUUAAUUAACUAUCUCGAAAAUGAACAAAGUCAUACUCUAGAUGAAAAGAUGGGGGUUGUAUAUUUGGGUGGAACUGUCGCGGCCAGGUAUAUUAUUCAGAGUAUUAUUGACGAGAAGAGUACACAGGCUAGAAAUUUACAGUGGAUCAUGUUAUCCAACAUCAAAACAGACUCCAAUGUCAUCACAAUGAUAGAGACAUCGGCAGCAAAGGAGGAUAAACUGGAUAUUUUUCUGGUGACAGUCUCGCCACACGGUUUUGUAAAUUUGAAUACAUUUAAAGAAUAUUUCAUUGAUAGACUGCUUAAAGGCGAUCCUGAAGGAAAAUACAGACCUUGGUUCGAUAAAUACAUGGCCAAGGUUUACACCUGUUGGCCUAACUGUGACCGACAGUCUCUGGAGCGUGGCUACCAACAAGAUAUCAACUCCGUCAGCGCAGUCGUGGCUGUAAUGGCUUUAGCAUCCGCUAUAAACAAAGUACAUUCUGACUACUGCGGAAACCAGAUCGGUGUAUGUCCUGCACUUCAGAGCAAGGAUGGCCUUCACAAACUGGUCAUGGACAAAUUGAGAUCUACUACCAUACCGCUUAAUUCCAAUUCUACACAUUUACCACAGGAACUAUCGUCUUUGGAUACAACCAUUCAGAUAGUGGAUCGGCAUUUCCACAUCGACGGGACAGCCAUGGUCAACUUUUUCAAGUACAACAGCAGUAACACCCGAGUGAUAUUUGAUAAGAUCGGGACUCCAAGAUCGAGUCUCCAUUUCUCUAUAUGUAAAGACGAGUGUGGUCCGUGUGUCCAGGAGGAGGAUGCGCAGUAUGCGUAUGUGGACGGAGAUAUUAUCAUCCUUGGCUUGUUCUCGAUACGGGAAUCCCAGGGUGACUUCGGCUGUGGAGGGUACAGAGAUGACGACCAGGCUAUUGUGACUGCCCUAGCCUUUAUACAAGCUAUCAAACAGUUACCCCUAAUAGAUGGGAAGCGUAUCGGAGGAUUAGCGUUGGACGACUGUUAUGCUUCUCUAAACACCUCUUAUUUCUUGACGCAGUUGUUUAGUGGCAAGAGGAAGUUAAAAUUUAAAACAUCGACAUCGGAACAAAGCAUAGACAUGUCAAAAGUUCGGUUUGUAGUUGGCGCUGUUUCGAGUGACGUCACACUCGUUGUCGCCGAUCUUUUAACGCACCUCAAUAUACCGAUGGUAUCGUACGGUGCCUCCUCAGUCUUUCUCGAUAACAGACGCGUAUACCCAUACUUUCUCAGGACCGUGCCGAGCGAUAAACUCCAGGUGGACGGGAUCGUUGACGUUCUUAAACAUCUUGACUUUUCAUUCGUUGGUGGCAUUUAUUUAGAUGAUGCAUACGGAUAUAAUGGGAUACUAGAUGUUGAAAAUAAGGCUAAUGAUAACGGGAUAUGUAUCAUCAGCAAACAGAUGGUCACCAGUAACUACCAGAGUUAUCCACUACUAGAGCAGACACUUCUUCAGAAUGUCGUGAAGGUCGUGGUAUUUUAUGGCAUUUCCACAGUUGCCAAGGAGAUGCUUGACAACUUCAACAACCCGUAUGUAUUUAUCGCCAGCGAGGCAUGGGGCAAGGAUCCAGAUCUCAUCACACAGCAAACCGGAUCCAAGAGUAGAGGGUCGCUUGUUUUCCAGACAGAUACGACCUACCACACAGACGACACCCUGAGAAAUUAUCUCGUGUCCAUAUCGCCUAGGAAUGAUACCGGUCUGCCUUGGGUGGAACAUUUGUGGGAGAACUUCUUAGAAUGUGAUUUCCCUUGGUCAAUUGACAAGAAAUUCACAAACAACCCCGAGUGUUCAAUGGACGCGAGAAUAAAUCAGACCUCCGCAUCUCACUUGAGUGAUUAUCAGCGUGUAGUACACGUGAGUCAUGCUGUGAAGGCGAUUUGGACAGGUUGUAGUGUAUCGUCGAGAUGUAUGACUCCAACUCUGGACAGAGAAUUCGCUGAACAGUUGACAAAUGCCAUCAAAAAUGUGAAACUAACAACGGUGGAAGGCACUCCCUUCAAACUCUUCAAGGAUGAUGGCAACGGCUACAUGGGCCUCUCUAUUUUCAACAUACAACAGGGACAAGACAAUAAAUAUUCCUACAAGAAGGUAGGGACUUAUAGUGAAGAAGGACAACUAAUUUUAAAACUAGACCAGAUCCAAUUUUACGAUUCGUUUGGGCAGCUGGUGCCAGCCAGCAGCGUCGAGGCCACAUGUAAACCUGACUUAUGUAAGGGAAUCUGCCAGAUCGUGCCUCCCGCCAACAAUACGACAAUAGCUCCCGUCACAGACAAACCUGUCACUCCCGCGCCUACCUCUCCAGGCGGGUCCAUCAGUGCUGAUAGGAUAGUGAUGGCUAUCGUCAUUGGCCUCAUGUUCGUCACCAUGAUCCUCCUAAUAGUUUUACUAUUUCGUCAACACAAUACCAACAAGAAGAUGACCACCGAGCAGACGUCAAUGCACAGCCACAAUACUACAAGCAUGCAAAAUUUGGACAACAUGUACGAGGAAGUAGGAAGUUCGCGAGGGAAUUCAAAUCAAGGUUUCGAAAUGCAUCGUGGCCAUUUAAGAGAUUUUACGGAUGGAUCGUUUGGUGAUUCUAGUGGAAGCAUGAAUAAAAAAUCAAUUGAGUAUUCGGAUAUAGUCCAAAGUCUUCCGGAUCUGACAAAACCAGGUGCCCCCCGAACAGCUUCAUCAUCAGCUUCCGGUUCCGGUGGGGACGCAAGUAGCGUUCCUUCUAGAGGAAGUCGGGUAACCGAUAAGAAUAGUUCAGGAAUGUCGGACACUUCCGGUCCUUCGAGUAUUGGAGAUCGUAAUCACCUUACUUAUGUCACAGCCGGACAACUUGCUUUGGUGGACGAGGAUGUGUUGGCAGAACCUCCUCCUAGCUACUUGGAUUUGAAUGGCACGGUCGAGGCGAACGUCAAUCCACCUCAGAAUUCGACACUACAAAGGCGACAGUUGCAGCAACGAAAUCGUGACGCUUAUUACCCAAACCAAUCGCCUGAAAAUGUUCCUCCGCCAGUAAGUACGACCAAUGCGUACAGACCAAACCGACCACAUACUCUGCCGGGACUAGGUCCUGACCAGCCUUCCAACCUUCGGUUUGCUCAACCUCCUCCUGAUACACGCCUACAAACUCCACCCUUACACCCUCCUUCGACAGAACAGCAACAUUCUUUGUAUCUGCAUCCUUUCGCACAAGACCAUCCGUCUAGCCCGCCAUCUAGUCAUUUUAUACCCGUAAGUCAGUCCGCCAACAGCCAUAUGACAGGUGCCAAUCCAAAUCAGUUGUAUCUUUUAGCGAACAAUCAGAAUCGAGAAUCUGUCAUGUAUCUAGAUCCCUUGCAGUCGCCACAAAAUACAAACGUUGUACGCAAUGGGGGAUAUGCCGCUCAAUCAACUCCCAUAGUGUUGUUUGAUCAAAAUGGCGUCCCUCGUAUUUUCACAGAAAGUAGUUUAACCCCAUACACAGGAGACUCUCCAGUACCCAUAGCACCACAACAAAGACCAAUCCCAGUGACACUCGCCGCUUUAGAGAAUCAAAGUACGGACAGAGAGCCAAAUCAAACCGACAGAUCACGUCAGAGUAAAGUCCCUUUGCAAUAUCCGGUAUCUCCAAUAGGACAAAACAAUAGUCCUAGACAACAUAGACAUAUUCCUUCCACAUUAUCACCAACAGUGGGAAUCCACCGGCCCGUACCGCGGAAGUCAUAUUCGUCUAGUGGAAGUGGUUCAACCUCUCAACUCUCUCCCUCCUUCCUAGAUGAUGACCCUGGGGAGGAAAUUACCAUAUAAAUAUAAACAGCAUCACGUGAUCAUUACUGUGUUAUAUCGAUGUAUCAUAAGUUUUGCACUUGGAGAUAUCUUUAAUCCAGAUUUACCUCGAAUUUCAAAGUGCAACGAAUCUGUAACCUUGAUAUUUUAAAGGCAGUAAGCAAACUCUCAGUAUUUACCGAACAAAAAAUCCUGCAAGUCAUUUUGUUUUACGCUUCUUUGCAUUGGUUAGCAGUACUAGUGUACAAAUGUAGCCAGUGUGAUUGUAUAUGUGUAACGGGUCGUUUCGCGCUAAAUCCUGUUCGCCCUAAGGGUCGUUCCGUGCUAAACCCCGUUCGCCCUAGGUUGUUUCGCCCUAAUUUAUUUUAUCCUUUUCGUCAGGUGGUAUAUAUGUUUUAAACAAGUUAUUAAACAAACCAAACUUACAUUUCUCUUCAACGUUUAUUUAGACGUUUCUGGGCAUAGUACUCUCCCUUGAAUGACGUAAGACUUCAUGGCCGCCAACAAGCAGCCGAUGAACAAAUAUUUAAGAUUAAACACCCAAAAUAGUUUUGUGUUUGUUGAUUCGUCCAUUGUUUUCACUUUUUUUAAUUACUGGGAUACCAUACAACUUAAUUUGGUCUACUUUGCUACAACAACACGUGUGUAGAUAUCAAGAAAAGAAAAUAUCGUAACACAUUUAAUGGAUUCAAAUUAAUUCUAACGAAUGUUAUUGGUAACAUAUAACGCUACUAAAAUGAAAAGAAAUAAACAACCAUGGUUUCUCCCUAAAAUUUUAGUUUUAGGGCGAGACAACCUAGCUUAUAACUGAUACUAUACCACGGAUAUUUUGCUUCUCAGUAAAGAAUUUCUAGGAAAUUUUUUUAUGAGACGGCAAGAAUUAUGCAUCUUCAUCACUUUCGAUCAUAGGGGUUGUGCAAUUGAGGAAAGAUCUUUGAGCCUGUUCCAGGCAGGUACCACUUUUAUACAUUACAGAAAAUUGUUGUGUUCAGUAGAUGAACGAUAACUUGUACAAAAUAGACCAAACUCGUACAUAAAAUGUGGAGGCUAGCACGCUAUAUACAACAUGCAUUUGUGCCAAACUUUAAGAGUAUCGAAUUUGUGAAAUUACCUCGUGGUAGUCCACAAUACUCCGAACUAUGAUUUAAAACGUGUCAUCUGAACUCAAAUAAUUGUCGUACCGCUUCAAAUUAGUCGUUUUUAAUUCAUAUUUGAUAAAACUAUAUACACACACAUACAAAUGUAUAUUGAUCGUAUUAUAAUUAAGAGUAUAGUAAAUAUUGAUGUUCUGAUGUGAUUGUGUAUACCACUCUGUUUACAUGGACACGUGCUUCUGUUUUGUUGUCCGAUAUAAUUCAAAGUUUGACGCAACAUUCUUUCCAAGUUCAAAAUGUAUUUGUUUUGUUAUAUAUGCUCAAAUAUUUAAAUAUCUGCGAUGUAGAUGUGUUAACAUGGUGCCAAAGUCUGUACUACUACAAUGUAAUAUAUUGUGAAACAGUAUACGUAGAUGAUAUAUAUAUAUAAAGAUAUACCUUGUAUGCAAUGCUCAUAAAACAAUAACAAAUAA